UCCCCAAGGAGGAUGGGAUCUUGGUGCUGAGCCGCCACACCCUGGGCCUGGCCCUGCGGGAGCACCCUGCCCUGCUGGUGGAAUUCUGUGAGUGCUGGGGCCAGUGGGGCUGGGGACCGGCGGGGACCGGCAGAGCCCACCUGGGGGCCCCACCCUUUGCCGGCAAAUGCAGGGCAUGUGCCCAAGAGGGGCCUCCCCGCAGGCACUUGCCCCCACUGUGCCCAAGAGGGGCCUCCCCGCAGGCACUUGCCCCCACUGUGCCCAGGGUUUCUCUAGGAGGGGCCUGGGGGUCUGGUUGGGGCAGGCAGGAGCAGUGUGGUAGUACUGGGGGUACCCACAGGACUUGAGAACACCUGUGCCUCCCUGCUCGGCCAGCGGCCACGGUGCCAGAGUCACCACCUUGCCGGCCACUCCUCCAGCUGCCAGGGGCAUCCCACAGACUCUGCAGAGGCCCAGGCAGUGUCCAGGCUUUGGGGGCCCAUGGAGGUCCCUGACGUGUGUGCCCUGUGGUCUUUACGCAACCCUUGACACACAUAGGAACUGUUCUUGCCUAGGAGGCCUUCACAGGCAGCCACGUGGGCCCGGGAGCCCCAGCCAUACAAGGCACGAAAGGGAGGGGUCUUUUUAUUUUUAUUUUUUGAGAUGGAGUUUUGCUCUUGUUGCCCAGGCUGGAGUGCAAUGGCCCUAUCUCGGCUCACUGCAACCUCCGCCUCCCAGGUUCAAGCAAUUCUCCUGCCUCAGCCUCCCGAGUAGCUGGGAUUAUAGGCGUACGCAACCAAUCCCGGCUAAUAUUUUUUGUAUUUUUAGUAGAGAUGGAGUUUCUCCAUGUUGGUCAGGCUGGUCUCGAACUCCCAACCUCAGGUGAUACGCCCACCUCUGCCUCCCAAAGUGCUGGGAUUACUGGUGUGAGCCACCGAGCCUGGCUGUUGGGGGAGGGGGAUGGUCUUUCGAGCUCUCCCAAGCCUUACUGGUCCCUGUGCUGCAGCCUGGGGGGCCACGAAGAGGCACUGGUGCUCGGCUUGUCCACGGCCAGGGCUCAGGGCAGAAUGGAGCAGCACGCUUGUUCCCUGCUGGGUUGUCAGGUGUGGAGAGGGUGCUCCUGGGGUUGUGGUGGCCUGGGGCACUCACGGCCCCAUCCCCCAGAUGCCCCGUGGUGUGGGCACUGCCAGGCCCUGGCCCCCGAGUACAGCAAGGCAGCUGCCGUGCUCGCGGCCGAGUCAACGGUGGUCACGCUGGCCAAGGUGGACGGGCCCGCGCAGCGCGAGCUGGCUGAGGAGUUUGGUGUGACGGAGUACCCUACGCUCAAGUUCUUCCGCAACGGGAACCGCACGCACCCGGAGGAGUACACAGGACCACGGGACGCUGAGGGCAUUGCCGAGUGGCUGCGACGGCGGGUGGGGCCCAGUGCCACGCGGCUGGAGGACGAGGCGGCCGCCCAGGCGCUGAUCGGUGGCCGGGACCUAGUGGUCAUCGGCUUCUUCCAGGACCUGCAGGACGAGGACGUGGCCGCCUUCUUGGCCCUGGCCCAGGACGCCCUGGACAUGACCUUUGGCCUCACAGACCGGCCGCGGCUCUUUCAGCAGUUUGGUCUCAGCAAGGACACUGUGGUUCUCUUCAAGAAGUUUGACGAGGGGCGGGCAGACUUCGCCGUGGACGAGGAGCUUGGCCUGGACCUGGGGGAUCUGUUGCGCUUCCUGGUCACACACAGCAUGCGCCUGGUCACGGAGUUCAAUAGCCAGACGUCUGCCAAGAUCUUCGCGGCCAGGAUCCUCAACCACCUGCUGCUUUUUGUCAACCAGACGCUGGCUGCGCACCGGGAGCUCCUAGCGGGCUUUGGGGAGGCAGCUCCCCGCUUCCGGGGGCAGGUGCUGUUCGUGGUGGUGGACGUGGUGGCCGACAAUGAGCACGUGCUGCAGUACUUUGGCCUCAAGGCUGAGGCAGCCCCCACUCUGCGCUUGGUCAACCUUGAAACCACUAAAAAGUAUGCGCCUGUGGAUGGGGGCCCUGUCACCGCAGCAUCCAUCACUGCUUUCUGCCAUGCAGUCCUCAACGGCCAAGUCAAGCCCUAUCUCCUGAGCCAGGAGAUACCCCCUGAUUGGGAUCAGCGGCCAGUUAAGACCCUCGUGAGCAAGAAUUUUGAGCAGGUGGCUUUUGACGAAACCAAGAAUGUGUUUGUCAAGUUCUAUGCCCCGUGGUGUACCCACUGCAAGGAGAUGGCCCCUGCCUGGGAGGCAUUGGCUGAGAAGUACCAAGACCACGAGGACAUCAUCAUUGCUGAGCUGGAUGCCACGGCCAACGAGCUGGAUGCCUUCGCUGUGCACAGCUUCCCUACCCUCAAGUACUUCCCAGCAGGGCCAGGUCGGAAGGUAUGGCGGACAGGUGGCUGGGGAGGAAGCCAGGGUGCCAUCUUGCUGGGCGGGGGGCUGGGCCCGUGUCCUCCAGAUUCCCCUGCCUCUUCUCAGGUGAUUGAAUACAAAAGCACCAGGGAUCUGGAGACUUUCUCCAAGUUCCUGGACAAUGGGGGCGUGCUGCCCAAGGAGGAGCCCCCGGAGGAGCCAGCAGCCCCAUUCCUGGAGCCACCGGCCAACUCCACUAUGGGGUCCAAGGAGGAACUGUAGCUGCCCCCGUCACCCCCCCCCCUUCACUGCUGGACAGGAGCCACCCCCUUGGGUACCAGAGGGAGCUGUGCACUGUGAAUAAAGAAAGAGCUUGGUUCUGGA